UUUAACUUUUAGAAACAAUAUAUUUUAUUAUUUAAUAUUUAUCUAAUUAUUAAUUUAACAGUUUACUACUUAUACUUAUUUUGCAUUGUAUCGAGUAUUUGAGCCAAAAGGAUUUCUGAGUUUCGUAGUUUUUUAAUUAUUUCUUUAUUCAAAUUGGAAAAAUGGACGAAGAAACGUUAAUUGGCUUUAAUGAUAUAGCCACAUUAAAACCAGAGGUCAAACAAAAAACUGGCAAAAGAUCGGGAGGUUUCCAAGCCAUGGGAUUGAGUUUCCCUGUACUAAAAGGAGUUCUUAAAAGGGGUUACAAAGUUCCCACUCCUAUACAGAGAAAAACAAUCCCUAUUGCUUUGGAGAACCGUGAUGUUGUAGCUAUGGCUCGCACCGGUAGUGGAAAAACUGCUUGUUUUUUGAUACCAAUGUUCGAAAAAUUGACUCAGCACACUGUAAAUGGCCAUAGAGGAAUACGCGCUUUAAUUUUAUCACCAACUCGAGAACUUGCGGUUCAGACAUUGAAGUUUUUAAAAGAAAUAGGAAAGUUUACUAAUUUGAAAUCGGCCGUGAUAUUAGGAGGUGAUCCAAUGGAAGCCCAGUUUAGCACAAUGCACAGUGCUCCAGAUAUUGUUGUAGCAACUCCAGGUCGAUUUUUACAUUUAUGUGUAGAAAUGUCUCUGAAGUUGCCUUAUAUUCAAUAUGUUGUUUUUGAUGAAGCAGAUAGGCUUUUUGAAAUGGGUUUUGGUGAACAAUUAACAGAAAUUAUUGCUCGUCUACCAGAGACUCGACAAACGUUGCUUUUUUCGGCUACUUUGCCAAAAGUUUUAGUUCAAUUUGCUCGAGCAGGACUUUCUGAUCCCGUUCUUAUAAGAUUAGAUGUUGAAUCAAAAAUACCCGAUACACUAGGACUAGGAUUUUUGAAUGUGCGACCCGAAGAACGAGAUGGUGCUCUAUUAUGUCUCCUGAAAUAUGUUGUCAAACCAGAUUCUAUGACUAUAAUUUUUGCUCCGACCAAACAUCAUGUUGAUUUUAUUCAUUUACUUCUGGAUUUUCAAGAUAUACCAAAUACAUUCAUAUACUCUGAUUUGGAUCCAACGGCCAGGAAAAUAAAUGCUAGUAAAUUUCAAACAGGCAGUGUGAAAACUCUCAUAACAACUGACAUAGCUGCGCGUGGUAUUGAUAUUCCACAGUUGGAUACAGUUAUCAACUACACAUUUCCAGCAAAGUCUAAGUUGUUCGUGCACAGAGUUGGACGGUGUGCUAGAGCUGGAAAAGUUGGUCAAGCAUAUAGUUUAGUGACACGUGAUGAAAUGUGUUACUUAUUAGAUCUACAUUUGUUCUUGGGCCGUCCAUUUAGUCCUGUGCUCGAAACACCAAAGUCCGAUGAUGAUACUGAUGGCCUUUUUGGUAUAGUACCUCAGCUGUUAUUGGAAGAAGAACUAGGACAGUUGACAAGUUGGUAUACAUCAUCCAUUGAUGUGAUAAAUUCUCUGAAAACUUGUACAAAUGGUUAUAAAAACUAUAUCAAGUCUAGGCCAGGGGCGUCUGUUGAUAGUGUCCGUAGAGCUAAGAAAAUUAACCUAUCAGUUAUUGCAGAGCAUCCAAUGUUUCAGAAAAUAAUUGCAGCA